AUCUUCUCCAGCUUCAAUUGCAUCUGUGAUUUGAUGGGAAUUAUGUAAUAUUCUCUGUGUGCCGUUGGCCCAUUGUGUGCCAGUCAAGCACGACGUCCAUUAGUCCGUCAGCUGUCAACAGUCGCUGGCUAUAAAUGUCGACAGCAGCUCAGAGCUGCUCGGCAAACAGUUCUUGAGAUGCGCCUGCUGCUGUUGCUUUUACUCAGCUUUAGCUGCAGCAUCAACUGCCUCAAGUGUCGCUCGCAGGAUGGCGCCGGCGAUGCGGAGCUGAAGCGGAUUGUGCGCACUUGCAUGCAACGCAGUGGCAGCAACGGCAACCAGGAGGACAACGACAAUAGACGCUAUGGCAAUGGCAAUGGCAGAUACAAUUUUGAUAACGAUGAUUAUGGACAGGCUCAGGAUCGAGGCCAGGGCCAAGGCAGACAGCAGCAACAACAACAGCAGCAGCAGUCCUAUGGUAAUUCCUGGCAGCGCAGCGUUAAGCAAACUGACAACAACAACAAUAAUAACAACAACAACAGCAACACAUCUGAAUCGGGCGGCUGCGUGGCGCUGUGUUUCUUUGAGGAAAUGAACAUGGUGGAUGGCAGUGGUCAGCCUGAUCGGCGCAAGGUCAGCUACUUGCUGACAAAGGAUCUGCGCGAUCGCGAGCUGCGCAACUUCUACAUGGACACCGUGCAGCAAUGCUUUCGCUACAUAGAGCACUCCCGCUACAGCAACAACAACAGCAACAACAAGUGCAGCCAGGCAAGGGAGCUAGUCAAAUGCAUGUCCGAGUAUGCCAAAGCGCAAUGCGAUGACUGGGAGGAGCAUGGAAAUAUGUUAUUCAACUAAACUCUUGACCCGUUACUUACGCCGCUCUUCAGAUCCUCCACACGAUCCAGAUAGUCUUCGUGGUUGUCCUUGAUAGUACGAUCGGCGGUCUCCUCUAGCUGAUAGAAAACGCACUCGAGUUGCUGUUGCUUCUCCGCCUGCAAUUCCUUAUAGAUAGCCGCAUCCUGUUUAUAUUCACGCAGUACCGCCUGCUUGUCGUCCUCGUAGAUGCGCCAGAAGAACUCUAUGCGACUGCGAUGUAUGCCUGGUAAAAGGGAAGCACUUUUAUUAAAUACUAUGUAGAUAUACAAUAUGAAUAUUAAAGAUAUAGCUCACCAAUAA